AUGCAGCUGUCGACGCCCGCUCUAAACUCCCACCGCUCGCGCUGGCAAGAGCGUCGUCAACCUCAAUGGCGGAAUCAACAAGACCUUGAGAAGUACACCACAGCGCUACCCCCUCACUGCAAGCUGGUCAUCUCGUGCUCACCACGGUCAAGGCGUCGCGGGCCACGAGGAAUCCAACAAGACCGCUUGGGAGGCAAAAUUCUCGGAUUCUUCUUC